CGGAAGUGCUCUUCCGGCACUGCCUGCCGGCGUGACUUUGAACGCUAACGUUUUGGUACGGGUUGCUAAACUGACCCGGAGCCGCGGGACUUUCUCGCCUGUUCUGCGCUUGCCAUGAGGCUGCUGGAAGCAGCCGCCACCGCGGCUCUGGGGCGCGGGCCGCUCCCGCGGGUCCUCGCCGUCCUGGGCUGGCAGAGAAAGCAGGUUAAUUGGAAGGUUUGCCGAUGGUGUUCGUCAGGGGUGAUCCCUAAUGAAAAGAUACGAAAUAUUGGAAUCUCAGCUCACAUUGAUUCUGGGAAAACGACAUUAACAGAACGAGUGCUUUACUACACUGGCAGAAUUGCAAAGAUGCAUGAGGUGAAAGGUAAAGAUGGAGUGGGUGCUGUCAUGGAUUCCAUGGAACUAGAGAGACAAAGAGGAAUCACUAUUCAGUCAGCGGCCACCUAUACCAUGUGGAAAGAUGUCAAUAUCAACAUUAUAGAUACUCCCGGGCAUGUGGACUUCACAAUAGAAGUUGAAAGGGCCCUAAGAGUGUUGGAUGGCGCGAUCCUUGUUCUCUGCGCGGUUGGCGGGGUGCAGUGCCAGACGAUGACUGUUAACCGGCAGAUGAAGCGCUACGGUGUUCCUUUUCUAACUUUCAUUAACAAACUGGACCGAGUGGGCUCCAACCCAGCCCGGGCCCUGCAGCAGAUGAGGUCUAAACUAAAUCAUAAUGCAGCGUUUGUGCAGAUUCCCAUUGGUUUGGAGGGUGAUUUUAAAGGUAUUAUAGAUCUUAUUGAGGAACGAGCCAUCUAUUUUGAUGGAGACUUUGGUCAGAUUGUUCGAUAUGGAGAAAUUCCAGCAGAAUUCCGGGCAGCGGCAGCUGACCACCGGCAGGAGCUGAUUGAAUGUGUUGCUAAUUCAGACGAGCAGCUUGGUGAGAUGUUCCUGGAAGAAAAAAUCCCCUCAAUUUCAGAUUUAAAGCUUGCAAUCCGAAGAGCUACUCUAAAUAGGUCAUUUACUCCUGUUUUUUUGGGAAGUGCCUUGAAGAACAAAGGAGUGCAGCCUCUUUUAGAUGCUGUUUUAGAAUACCUCCCAAAUCCCUCUGAGGUCCAGAACUAUGCUAUUCUCAAUCAGGAGAAUGACUCAAAAGAGAAAACCAAAAUCUUAAUGAACUCCAAAAGAGAUAAUUCCCACCCAUUUGUAGGCCUGGCUUUUAAAUUGGAGGCAGGUCGAUUUGGACAGUUAACUUACGUUCGCAAUUAUCAAGGAGAGUUGAAGAAGGGUGACACCAUCUACAACACAAGAACAGGAAAGAAAGUGCGGGUGCAACGGCUGGUUCGCAUGCAUGCUGACAUGAUGGAGGAUGUUGAGGAAGUAUUUGCCGGAGACAUCUGUGCAUUGUUUGGCAUUGACUGUGCUAGUGGAGACACAUUCACAAACAAAGAUAAUAAUGGGCUUUCUAUGGAGUCAAUUCAUGUUCCUGAUCCUGUCAUUUCAAUAGCAAUGAAGCCUUCUAACAAGAAUGAUCUGGAAAAAUUUUCAAAAGGUAUUGGCAGGUUUACAAGAGAAGAUCCCACAUUUAAAGUCCACUUUGACACUGAGAGCAAAGAGACAAUUGUAUCUGGAAUGGGAGAAUUACACCUGGAAAUCUAUGCUCAGAGGAUGGAAAGAGAAUAUGGCUGUCCUUGUAUCACAGGGAAGCCAAAAGUUGCUUUCAGAGAGACCAUUACUGCCCCUGUCCCGUUUGAGUUUACACAUAAAAAACAAUCAGGUGGUGCAGGCCAGUUUGGAAAAGUGAUAGGUGUACUGGAGCCUCUGGACCCAGAGAACUACACUAAGUUGGAGUUUUCGGAUGAAACCUUCGGGGCAAAUAUUCCAAAGCAAUUUGUGCCUGCUGUAGAAAAGGGGUUUUUGGAUGCCUGCGAGAAGGGCCCUCUGUCAGGUCACAAGCUCUCUGGGCUCCGGUUUGUCCUGCAAGAUGGAGCACAUCACAUGGUUGAUUCCAACGAAAUCUCUUUCAUCCGCGCAGGAGAAGGUGCUCUGAAACAAGCCUUGGCAAAUGCGACAUUAUGUAUUCUUGAACCUGUCAUGUCUGUGGAAGUUAUAGCCCCAAAUGAAUUUCAGGGACCAGUAAUUGCAGGAAUUAACCGGCGCCAUGGGGUAAUCACAGGACAAGAUGGAAUCGAGGGCUAUUUUACAGUGUAUGCAGAUGUCCCUCUAAAUGAUAUGUUUGGUUAUUCCACUGAACUUAGGUCAUGCACAGAGGGCAAGGGAGAAUACACAAUGGAGUACUGCAGAUAUCAGCCAUGUUCACCAUCCACACAAGAGGACCUCAUUAAUAAGUAUUUGGAAGCUACAGGUCAACUUGCUGCAAAAAAAGGAAAAGCCAAGAACUAACUUUAGUCACUUUACGUUGAUGAACUUUAACUGAAUCUGCAAGGUUUAGAUACUUGAAUGGAUUCUAGUGGAAUGAAUUCAGGCAGAAACAAGAAAUUUCAGAAGCCCUUUCUGUUAAACUUAGGAAGGUCUAUUAUAUCAAAGUUAAUUCUGUGUAUAUCUCAACUAUAUUGACUGAUUUUAUAGUUCAUUAAAGCUCAAAUAAAAUAUUACUGAAAU